AUGAACUGUUCAGAGGAAUUCAAUUGCCCUACCCCUGAGUCUGAAGCUACCAUCAUCGUCGGGAGGAUGUACUGCCAGACCGAUUACUUCGUUAUUGAGGAGAUACGUGGGCAUCGUCGUGACUCCACCUCUCCCACUCUUUUCAAGCUCAGAGUCCGUUGGGAGGGAGGCGAAGAGACCUGGGAGCCAGAGACCGAUCUCCAGAUUGAUGCGCCGCUGGCCUUGUUCGCUUACUGGGACAGUCUGUGGGGCGGGCGGGCAAGUGCAAUGGUGGACAAGGAGCUAUGGCAUGUUUUCAAAGUCGUGUCCCACGAGACAAAGCCCGAUGGCAACGUCUACUUGCAGGUCGCCUGGGUGGGAUCUCCUGAUACAUCGUGGGAGCCAGAAGGGAAUAUUCGUAAAGCUGCCGGCAGACUUGUGGAAAACUAUUGGCGAUCUGUCGGCGGCCGCUCGGGGACAAUGACUAGACCGGACGAGGCUGAGUCUUUUGUUGAGGACGCGACUGGGGUGACGAACAAGAGGCGUAAGCUGGUAUAG